UUGUUGAGUUAUUAUUAUUUAUAUUUUUGGACUAGAAACAAAUACAGAACGAUCAUAGCUGUAUAAUAUUGAAAAUCAAUUUAAUCCAUUCUAUGUCCAUAUGUAAUUGGUAUGUGUGUACUAUGCCUUUCAGAGUCAUUAUGUUUAUAUGUAUAUUAUUGUUCUUAUUGUAAUGUAGCGUGAUUGUGUUCCGUGACACAUUUUAAGGGUAAACAUCAAAAAUAAAACUGUCUAAUUCACAGUUUAUUGAUAGAGAAGUUAUAUAUUUCGCAAUUCAUUUACAUUUAUAAUAAUGAAUAAUCAUUUCGAUUUUAUUAAUGGUUAGUUUACAUUUUGUAAAACAUGAAUGAAUUUUUCAUCAAACCUGAUAGAGUGUAAAUUAGGCCUCAGCAUACACAAAGGGAAAACUAAGAUCCUCAAAUUCAAAGCAGAGAAUAGCAAUCCAAUCACUCUUGAUAACGAAACUCUGGAAGAUGUAGAAUCCUUCACAUACCUGGUCAGCUGUAUCAUCGAUGAACAAGGAGGUUCAGAUGCACACCGAAAGGCGGGGAUUGACAAAAUAAGAACAGCAUUCCUACAGUUGAAUAAUAUAUGGAACUCAAAACAAUUUUCAACCAAUAAUAAAGUGAGAAUGUUCAAUACGAACGUCAAAACAGUUCUACUGUAUAUAGCUGAAACUUGAGGAACUACCAGAACCAUCACCAAA